UGUUUUCUCAUUUGUGUACAUCUUCCUUUAGAAGAAAAGUAAAGCGCCUAAAUAAAAAAGUGUCUAUGGGUUUCCUUUUGGGAAGGUUAGCAACACAAGGUAGCAUCCAUUUUUGUGUAGGAUUGGUGAUUUUAAUAGGAAUGGUGAGGUUAUCAAAUGCAUAUCCUCCUAACUUCAAGCCAACAAAAUGGAACUACGCUCAUGCCACUUUUUAUGGUGAUGAUAGUGCCUCCGCUACUAUGGGAGGAGCAUGUGGAUAUGGAAAUUUGUUCAACAAUGGAUAUGGUACAAGUACAGCAGCAUUAAGCACAGUAUUGUUCAACAACGGAUAUGGUUGUGGGAGUUGCUAUCAAAUAAUGUGUUAUGAUUCAAAAUGGUGCAAUGGAAAUGGUGGUGGUGGUUAUGGUUACAGUGGCGGAUCGACAUCGAUUACCGUCACCGCCACCAAUCUAUGCCCACCAAACUGGGCUCAGCCAAGCAAUGCCGGUGGAUGGUGUAAUCCACCUAGAGUCCACUUUGACUUAUCUAUGCCUGCCUUUAAGAAAAUUGCAUUUUGGAGGGCUGGUAUCGUUCCAGUCAAGUACCGCCGGGUUCCAUGUGCAAGAAGGGGAGGCAUAAGAUUUAGCUUCCAAGGCAACAACUAUUGGCUAUUAGCCUUUGUUAUGAAUGUAGGUGGUGCAGGUGACAUAGCAAAAAUGUGGGUAAAAGGAAGCAAAACUGGGUGGAUAGGCAUGAGCCACAAUUGGGGAGCUUCCUAUCAAGCCUUUGCUCAAUUAGGAGGCCAAUCUCUAUCAUUCAAAAUUCAAUCUUACUCCACUCGUGAAACUAUAAUUGCCUAUAAUGUUGUCCCUCCUUAUUGGAGUGUAGGCAAGACUUAUCAAGCCAAAGUCAACUUCAGAUGAUUCAGACAGUUCUACUCGAUCCUUCUGUUCCAUUGAGAUUGUUACAUUUGAUUAAAAAACCACUCAUGUUUAAAAGUCAAUAUUAAUAGUCUAAAUGGGAUAAGAGAGUAUCACUUAUUUCUUGUGGUAAAUGUACUUUGGUUUGAAUGUAGGUAGGAUGUAGUUCAAACAAGAGAGAUCUUGUUUCUAAUGAGGCCUUAGAUGAAUUUGGCCCUUGAACAAGAUUUUAUUUGUGUUCUUAUGUUAUUUGUGUUAAGUACCUUGUUAUAUAUUGUAUUUAUGUGUAGCCAAAAAGGAACUAAUUUGCUCCAAGAUACAAACAAAAUAAAAGUAAAAAUUUAAAGAUUGUCAUGUUUGUAUGGCGUAAUUGUUGAGAAGUGAUUCAAAUUCAGUUAUGCACAC